CAGGAGGUCAUCCGCCAGUCGCGGGAGGCCCAGGCGGCCCUGCCGACCCUGUCGCCGCCCCUGCUGCUGGCCUUGCUGCAGGCGGACGAGCUGCUGCUGGCCGGGCUGCAGCCGGACGUGGCCGCGACGAGGGCGGCGGAAGCUUGCGGCCAGGGCUCGGCGUGGCGGGCGGCCGUGGGGCUGCUCCCCCCUGGGCGGAGGGUGCCCCUCGCCCUGUACAGCGGCGUCGCCGACGCCUGCGACCAGGCCGGGCAGUGGGCGCGGGCGCUCGGGCUGCGGGCCGAGCACCGCGAGCGGGCCAGGCAGCUGCUGUGCUGAGGCCGUGCUGCCAGAGCGAGGUCUGCUGCCACGACGCGCGCACGAGGAGGGCGCGGCCAGCUACCAGGACGACCCAGAGAGACGUUCGAGACCGAUUGCUUACACGAGACCAGCUACCAGUGCGAAGCAGGAUGCCAAGGCGACGCUGGCCAUCAGGACAAGGCCAGCAUCUACGACACCAGUUUUCCCGCAACGUGGCCGCAGCAUCCUCAGAGCGCGCCGCGGACGUGGAACCAGAA